AUGUUGCGUGCCAAACACAUGGGAUUUAAGAGUGUACGUCGGGUAGAAGUAAAGGCGGAGACAACGACACCAGGAGAGCUACGCGCCACCACAGACGCUUCAGGCGCUCGUGUGAGUGCGUCUCGCGGUCGUCGCACGUUACCUAAGCUGGAAUUCACAGUAGAUGAAGACGGCGCUGUGCUGCAUGGUCCACAGCGCGGUUCCUAUCCUUUCUUUGGCACAUCCAGUACUAAUUCAAAUGCCGUCACGCAAACCGACGCACCGUUCCACACGGCGCUGGAACGCGACCUGGCCGCGAGUUUUCAGGCACUUCACAUGCGCGACUUUCCUGCACCUCGUGAGGAAGAAGCGACUGAGCUAGUAAUCGAGCAACCAAAUAAUCAGGAAAGCACAGGAGCUAUACCCACGCCAAUGAAAGAUUGCGUACUGAACGAUACACGCGCUACGACACUUGCCUUAAAAUUUGAUAAUUCGGUGGGAAAAUUUGUAUGUGGAUCAUCCAUUGAACGCUUUUCCGGUCAUACUGGUGUAUGCAAAGUAUUGGGAAGUAAAAAAUAUCCUGUUAGUGGUCAUAGCUUAUGUCUGGGUGAUCUAUUACGAAUUGGAUCGGUUGGACUAGUAGUCUGUGAAAUUAAUCGCACAACGAGUGAAGAGACGGAAGAAGCACUGACAAAAGUCCAGUAUGAAUUUAUAAAGGACAAUUAUUUGAGUCUUCCAUUACAACAGACGUUUCACCCAACUGAACGAUCGCCCGACUUUGAAAAUAGUGGCGAACGCGAUAAAGAUGACGAACAGAUUUUACGGGUCGGGGGUGAUACAUCCGACGAAGGUGAAUCUGAAGAGGAUAAGGAUCGAAAGGCACGAACGAAAACAAGUGGCGAUGGAGACGAAUCUGCUACGAUGCAACACAAUAAUUUACCGCUGGGUGUUGCAGGCACGACAGCGAAACGCUUUUGUUACAUUUGCUACGAUGGGGACGAAGAUGCUGACAAUAAUCCGCUAGUUGCUCCAUGUCACUGCAAAGGCGACACAAAAUACGUGCAUCUCGACUGUCUUCAGCGCUGGAAUAAUAAUCUGGAUGCCGAUGGAGAGAAUCCGAAUCAAAGAGUGUGUGCAGUCACCAAUACGGAUGGUUUGGAUGUAUGUAGUAUCUGCAAAGCAACGUACUUGACGAGCGUUCGAUUGGACGACGGUCGCCUCGUAUCAUUGCUUGCGAAAAAGUUGGCACCGCCGUACGUUACCUUUGCAGUUGUCACUCAACACGAGACGCGAAAUCGAUCGACGGCACUGACAAACACGCGAUUUCAACUGAGUUUUGCCAACAUGCCACGGAACCAGCAAUUUUUGACUAUUGGCCGGUCAACGACAAAUAACAUGACGCUGCGUUAUCGUACAGUAUCGCAACUUCAUGCCAAGGUGAAAUAUCAGGAUAACCACUUUAUACUGUAUGAUGCGGCCAGUUCGAAUGGGACUAUGUUGUUUCUAAGCAAGCCGUUGGAACUGGAGUGGGGCAAGGCUAUGCAUGUGAAGAUUGGACGAACGAUAUUGACUCUUAAAGCCAAGAAGAAAUGGAAAUGGGCAGGGACUUCGGGUGAUGAAGAGGAAGAAGAGAGCGGAUGCGUGUCUUCUCCACGAGCUGGUGCAUCAAAUGGAACCGGCGGAGGCUUUGAACAUCGACUUUCAGGUUCGGUUUUGGCACCAAGAGGAAACGGAUUUGAUAUGAUUCGCAGUAUUAACGAUCCGAGCGCUGAGCUUGUGGCUACUCCUACCCCUCCUAAUACGCUAGCGUCAAGACCAAUGCGUCAACGCUCACUUUCCAGCACCGGCUCAAUGCUACGUGGAGAUGGCAGCGCUGACGCGUUGCUGGUUCCUUCCGCGUUUCAGGAUGAGCUUAUGGCUAGUACUUUUGCGACGCAGAAUUUUCGUGAAUCGGCGGUCGUAAGCUUUCGCGACUUUGCUGCCGAGAAUGCAUCACUCUCAUUGACAUCUCGAAUUGUCAGUGACGAGACUGUAUCGACUCAAACACGUCCAGAGCUUCUUGUGUCACAUGGAUUGUACGAUCAGAUUGCGAUGAAUUCGACAGAGCGUGCCAUGCACCAAGAUUAA